AGAGAGGCGAAAAAAAAAGCUUUAGAGUAGUUGAGGCCGAGUUGUCUCCGCGACGUUUGGCCACUGAGGGAGAUAUUGAGUAUAACAUUUUAAAAAAAAGAGUGAUAGAGGCGAAGUGGGAGUGUUCAGGGAGUGACCGGAGACGUUAAUAAACUCAAGCGGAGAAAGAGAAGAUUUUUUUUCCCCCAAAAAAGGCAAGCAACAAAAUUGAAAACAACAACAAAAUAAAACAUACCAAAGAAGGGGCGGAAUCAACUCAUUUAUUUAUUAAAAAAAAAUAAGAAAAUAGGGGCCUGGAAAAUGGCCGGCGACAGCGGCACGUACGAGGUGGUGACCAGCCGGUAUUUAAAGGACAGGGAUGAGCCGUGUUUCCCCGGCUCGGGGAGAGGAGGAGGCGGCGGUGGCAGGGAGCUGGCCAAAGAAGGCGGCGGCGGCGACGAGGAUGAGGAGGAGGAGGAAGAAUAUUCUGGAAGGAAGGUCGCCGGCGCCGCCUCCAGCUCCUCGGGCGAUCCGUCCUGGGCGGCCUCCGGCUACGAGCUGAUCGACGGCACCUUGUACCGCAAGAGGCUGGAGAGGGGGGCGACCAGCUACACCGAGGUGCUGGUGGCGGCCGCCGAGGAGCAGCGGCGGGCUGUCAUCGCCGCCUUCCACCAGGAGCCGGACCCCGGGCACCGCCACUGCACCAUGGAGGAGACCUACAAAAAUGUUUCCGAGAACUACUGGUGGGAAGGAAUGUUUCCAGACAUCAGAGACUACGUCCAGGGAUGCAAUCAAUGUAAAAAUGGGAAAGAUAAUCUUCUGAUUUCAGAAGAAAAGAAUAUAACUCGUGAAUUGCCUACACACUGCACCAAAGUGCUUGAGAGACUGAACAGUCAACGUUCUAAAGGCCUUUUUUGUGAUGUAACUUUGAUAGUGGAGAAAACAUCAUAUCCAGCUCACCGUGCUGUGUUAGCAGCUGUUAGUGAAUACUUCCAGGAUCUGUUUUCAGAGAAAGGAUCUACUUCUAAUAAAAUUGUGGAUUUGAAAGGUUUCAGCAGCAAGAGUUUCCUUCCACUGUUGGAAUUUUCAUACACAUCUUCUUUGUCGCUGAAACCGGAUUAUUUUGCUGAGACAUCUGCUUUAGCAAGACACCUGCGGAUUUGGGAAGUGGUUGAGAUGUGUUCAGCAUUGCAUAAAUUCCAUGGAGCAGGGAACAGUAAAGCACAUAAGGAAGAAGGCAAAGAAGAGAAAAAGGAAUUUUCUUCAUUUGAAGCUUUUAUUGAUCAAUCUUUUACUGGAGCUAGACAGCAUGUUUCAGACAUCUGUUCAAAGUUAGGUCAGUUAGAAGAUGGCACAACUCAGCACAAAGUGGAUAGAAAUGUAUUUAGUGCAAGAGCACAUUCAGCAAUGAUUCAAGGAGAAACAAAAGUCUCAGAUUUUACUGUUAAGUUUCAAGAAAUGCAAUCAGGACUUUUCAAAGACAAAGUGACACCAGUACAUUGCGAAUCUUCUCUUAAUAACAUUGAAGUGGAGGGAUUGGAAAGUUCAAGUCGACGAUUUAAAUUAUUUGACUUUUAUGAUAAAACUCCAUCAAAGUUCUUCCCAAACGUUAAAUCCCUCUCCCCACAAAGACAUCCAUCUGUAAAUACAGCAUUGAGUAGCAUCCCUAAUUCACCGGAUUUUAAAUUAGCUGGCAUGUCAAGAAAUGCUAGUCAUCAAAGAAAAUGUAGCUUUGAGAAAACUCCCAUAAAAUCCAAACCACGUACAAGAAUGUCAAAACAUUUGGAUCGUAACAUUGUGAGCACUCAGGACAACUCUGGUUGUAAAGGAAUGAACGCACUUCUCCGAUCACCUGUUAGACAAAUGACCACUGAAGACGAACUUUAUUCUCCUAACACAACAGAGAAAUACAAACUGCUUAGUGUUUUAGGACUAAGGAGAAAAACUUCUGUUAUAGAUGAAGAGCAGGCUGGUUGGAAACAAAAAAGGAGACUUAGACAGCCUAAAGUAAAAAAUUAUUCAUUGCUGACUGGGACAAAGAGAAGAAAAAUAGACAUUGCAAAAACUCAGUUGCAAGAUGACCAUAUUAGAGCAAAAGCACUUGCCAAUUGCUUUGUUGUCAUUGAAAAGAUUCUACCACCAGUACAGAAACAAAAGGUCGACAAUCAAAAAUUAAACAAAGCAAUGCUUGCACUAAACAAAUCAAAAUCUUUAAGUUAUAAAAAUAAUGUCUCUCAGGGUCCCACCAAAAAGGAAAUGGUUUGCAUUCCAACUAAAACACAAAUAAAUAAUCCUAAAGCUAAAACUAAAGGCCGAAGCAGUUGUCUUGACAAGAAAAUCCAACGAGUGAAUAAAUAUAGUAAGGGCAGUAGCCAGAGGAAUAGACCUUUAACAAAAAAAUCACAACGCUGCAAAGUAGAUUCCAGUAUUUCGCCAAAUGUGUUGAGGAAUAGGAAGAAGUUCUGCAGGGAUGACAGAAAACAAAACACAGUGUUAGCAAAAUCUCAGGCAAGUGAUAGCAAGGAGACAGAAGGCAGUUCAUUAACUAGAAAAAGUAGAUGUGCCAAUUAUAUGUCUGUAAAAACUUCUACUAUGCGAGGCAACACAACAUCUAAGGUCUCACCUUGCCUGAUGGAUGACAUACAUAGUGGCAGACGGAAGACAAGGCAGUCAUAUAAUUCAUCGAUGAAUUAUAGCAAUUGUAAUUUAAACUUGGACAAUAAAAUACAAAGUUGCCCACAAAGUGUUGCACUGAGAAGAUGUGCAUCUAUAAGAAUGCUGCCAACUCGUUUUAGAUCAUUGGAUCAGACUCCAAACCUAAUGGAGUCACUUUCUGAUGACACCUGUUCGACCAUGUCAUCCAAAACUAAUGAGAGGCAAGUUCUAGAUGAGAAUUCUUCACAUCAACUGUCUGCAAAAGCAGGGGUAGGUAACGUUCAAAGGUUUAAAGGGAAAUAUGAAGGGAAUAAAUUAGUUCCUAAUAUUCACCAAAACACUUGUGCAGUAGGAAGUGAGCAGAAGAGGAUGACUCGACUAGCUGGGAAGCCAAUUGGAAAUGAUCAGCCUAUAUCACAAUUGAGGUCUAAACAGGAGACAAAGAAACCAGAACAGUUAAAACCUGUUUAUAAGGACCCAGGAAAGCAGACUGGAACUGCUUCAUGUGAGAAAAUGCAAUCUAGAAGGAAAGUAAAAAACACAAGGUGCCAAUCUUUAGGUGCUGAAAACCAAAAUUCAGGUACUUCUUUGCACAAUAUUCAAACUGAUGGAAGUAUUCCAAUACUAGGUAAAAGGAAACACAUACCAACACAAAAACUGAUUGAAUCUGGAUUUUCUUUUGGAUUUUUUAUGUCUGAACGGAAGAAAAAAACUGACAUGCCCAAGCUACCCAACCGAACCAAUAGUAAACCAUUUGAGUUGUCUCCUAGUUGUACACUGAAGAGCAACCAUGUAACUAAAGCAAAGGUGGAUGUGCAAGAAAAUUCUAAGCACACCAUUUCUGUCAAACAAACACUGGUUAACAUAAAGCAGAACUGUUGCAAAACUGAACGUGGCAUUGGACGAAACCCAUCAUGCUCAGAAAUUUCAAAAAGGACAAAAAGUGUACCAGCAAAAAAUGAAAAAGUGAAGCUAGUUGGCUUGUAUGGGAAGAAGCUAAUAAAUCUGAACAUUAAAAAUGCACUGUUGGAUAAAAGGGCAAAGCAUCCUAACACGAUAAUGAAAGAUGAACAACUAUCUACCUCGCAGAAGGCAAUAAAGUUGCAAAGAGUAGCCAGAGCUAGUUCGAAGCUCAUAGGUUCCAAGGACCCACCAAAGAACUUGCGUGGAGCUGCACAAAUCCUGAAGAAAAUGCAACCAAAAAUUAAUGCAACAUUAAAACUAACAAGAAGAAGAAAAUCAGUAACUGGAGAAAAAGUUAAAAAGACCAAAGUUUCAGAAUCUCAUACCUGCUAUGAAUGUAGCACAACGUUUAUAAAUUGUGACUCGCUGUUUGUGCACAGAAUGAAACAUAUUAAGGGCAAGAGCUGGCAGUGUCUGUUAUGUGAUAAAUCGUUCUUUCGCCAGAAGAAUGUCCAAAUUCAUCUUCGCUGUCAUAAUGAGAAGCUGUACAGAUGUAGACAAUGUAUGACAGAUUCAAAGAAAUCAAAGUCAUUUCAGGCCAAGCGCUGAGAAUUAUUGGACCACUGUAUGAGGACGAAAUGGUGAAAUUUGAGAGCUAGAGACUGCUGCAUUUGCAUGUACUCAAUUGAGUUCAUUCCAAAAUUUGAGAAAACAGGAAUUAUGAGAGGAUGGGCUAAAAUUCUUAUGUACUCUGGUGCUUACAAUUCCAUCUGUUGAAUCUCUUAUCAACUUAAUCAUUUCUCAAUGUGAAGCUAAAUACACCCAUCCCUAGAAAAAUUCAAGCCAUUUUAAAAUUAUGUACCCAACUCUUUUAAAAAAAAGUGGUAUCUUUUGAAAUUAGCAUUACCGAUUUUUGUCCCAAAAUAGAAAUCUCAUUUGAUUGACCGAAUACCUUAACUGCAAACACUGUAACUAGACUGCAGGGUAAAAAUAAUCUGGGAUGAAUAAAAACUGUGCCUUUGAAAUGAAUUGUGUACAAUAUAAAGAUAUGGUGGUUACUAAAGCCCCUCAGUGGGCAUAAAACAAAAGCAUAAAUGAUACCUAUGCACUGGAGCUUGGAAACUUGUAACUUGAUAGUUAGAAAUUUUAUUUGGUGUUGAUCUGUGGUUACAGUCAUGUACUUGCUGAUGUGACCAUUACUGCUAUUAUGAAGCAAUUGUGCAAAACACUGUAAUGUUUUGUAGAUAACUGGAGAUAAUUACUGUUGUAAAUAUUACAGAAAAAUGUAUGUUCGGUCUAUAUUUAAAAGAACGUGGUUACCCAAUCAACUGUCUACACUUAGUUCCUUACUAGUGAACAAUCUUAUUUCAUUCAUG